UAGAAGCUUGAAAGAGUGUCUUGGCUGCGUUCACUGCUUUUUAAACUUUAAAGAGUUCACAGUUGGUCGACGGACACAGAGGAGGGAAGGAAAACACCGAAGUCAUCUAGACUUCAUGUCAAGGUCCACUUCAAUGGCUGUUAUGUUGACUAGAUAAACAGCUUCAUCUUCUGGACCAGCUGGGACAGAUGGGAGUGAGGAUGCUUCACAGGAAGCUGCUGCAGACUGCUUGGCUGUGUUUUCUGCUGGCUGUUCAGGUGCACAGCUGCCCAGAUACCUGCAGCAAGUGUUCAGGCCCUGAAAAUGACCAGUGUGUGGAAUGCAGAGCAGGAUGGACGCUCCAUAAUAACAUCUGUGUAGACAUUGAUGAGUGCGGCACUGAGCUGGGCAACUGUCCUCCCAGCAGCUACUGCUAUAAUACAGAAGGUUCCUUUGAGUGCAGAGACUGUGACCCAGCCUGUGUGGGCUGUAUGGGUAAUGGACCAGCACGCUGCAGGAAGUGUGCCUCUGGGUACAGACUGACAGGGUCCAAGUGCUUGGAUGUAGAUGAAUGUAGUGACAGGGUACUUGCCUGCCAUGGUCUGAAUGAGAUUUGUACCAACACCGAAGGCUCUUUCCGCUGCAUCUGUGUUGACGGAUUCAUCCGCAAGGACAGUGUUUGUGUGAAGAAACAGCUGCUUAGUGUUGAGGAGAAAGGCCUGUUUGAGGAUAUCCAGGAUGAGGAGGUAGAGGUGCUGCAGCAGAUGUUCUUUGGGGUGGUGCUUUGUGCUCUGGCCACAAUGGCUGCUAAAGGAGAUUUGGUCUACACAUCUCUAUUCAUGGGAGCAGUGGCAGCCAUGGCAGGCUACUGGCUCUCUGACAGGGGAGACCGAUUGUUAGACAGCUUCCUAAAGGGACGUUAAAGCUCAGCACGGUCUGUGGAAGCACAAAAAGGGGAUUUCGCACUAAAAACAUCGAAGCUUUGGAAGAUAAACACUGUAUUUGGCAAACUCAGACUGCUAAAGCCUCAUAUUAACUUCAGCUCAACUUUAGAAUGCAAUUUUAUACUGAACGAGGACUGUAGAUUUUGUCCCCAUCACUUUAAGAAGGGAUCUCUUUGUAGGUAGUAUGGAGAGGAAGAACAAUUACAGCGGCUAAAAACAAUCAGACUUAAAUGUGAACAGAUCCUUUAACCUCCAUACUUCCAAUAAAGAGUGACACACAACCGUCUUCCCUGCAGUGGAUGAGACAGUCCCAAACGGGGCUGCAGUUUGUUGUACUGAGCUGGAAAUAAGCCAUGAAUGAGUUGCACUUUUUUGUAUUUUAACUUUUGAAGUAGCUCCCUUGUUGUGGCCGCUGAAGCAACCAACAUUUGCCAGGUGUGGCUUUAAUAAAGAAGAAUUUACAGCAUGAAUUUAUACAUCUGUCUGUUUGUGUGUGAGCAUAUACCAUGUAGUAUAUUUGCUUCUUAUACUGUAUCAAUCACACUGUAUUUGUACUGCAAAAAAAACACUUUUGAUGUUGUAACCUCGUUUCUUGAUGUGCACAUUGAUGUGUAUUUCUUAACACUGAAAUAAAUACUGUAUGCCGUUUUGACAAACUUUA